AUGUUGGCCGCAGUCCAGGUUUGGAACGAGAUCGGCUUGCCGCCGGUCCCAGUGACUUUUUGGGCAGCGGAGAAGAAUGCCGCCAAACGCCAGCUGCUGAUUCAAAGAACUAGCCCACACAUGCGGGUUGAUCAGGUCUUUGGCGAUGUGAAGGACCUUGUCCAGCCACAAUGUUAUGACUACUUGAAUCAGUGCUGGACGGACCCAAAGGAGGCGGAUAUCUAUGUUUGCGGCACUCCUUGCGUUGACUUGUCGGCCUUAAACAGCAAACAAAUUGAGUUUGGGCCCGGAUGCGAUGGUCAAUCAUCCAGCGUGAUAGAUGAUGUCAUGGCCGUCGUUGAGAAGCGGAAACCUCUGGCUGUUAUCCUGGAGAAUGUGGAGCGCAUUCUACACAAGCGAAAAUGCCAGGGUGGACAGCCUGGCCAUAAGAUGGUGUUUGCCCGCAUGAAGUCCAUGGGCUACAUUGGUGCGUUUGCCAUACUUGAUGCUGCUCGCUGGCUUCCUCAACGGCGUUCUCGGGCUUGGUUUGUUUUCUUACAGCCAAACUGUGGCGACCCAGGGCAAGUACUGGACCUUGCUCGGCGAUGUCAGCCGGCCGUGCCUCCCAGCCUGCAAGACUUGCCAUUCAUGUCCAAAUUGGGCAAGGCCCACUCGGAAAGGCAACGGAAGCAGCACACCAAGAAGGAUAGGAAAUUGAAAUGGCCUUCUCAGACUUUGCAUUUCAUCGAGACCCAUGGACUGAAGCCAGCAAAACUCGCAGCAUGCAAGCACGGGUUGAUGCUCUGCCAGGAUUUCCAGACCUUGAACUUGAGGGAGCAGCAUCUUUUGAUAGCCCGCUACACGUAUUUGCAGCAAUGUGAGGCACUUGACCCGUUCUCCACUUGCAUCAUCUUGGAUAUAUCUCAAAGUGUGGGCAGGGUCCCGUGGGCGGUGGGAAAAACCCCUUGCCUCACUGGAAGUUCGAAGCUGUGGGUCAGCAAGCCGGGCACAAUCCUCCCUGCAGAAGUGUGUGCUGCUGUGCAAGGCGUUCCUGAGGCCCUUGAUGCGGGAAUUCCGCACAAUUGGAUGAGAAACUUGCUGGGAAAUGCGUUUUGUGGCCCGGUUGCCCAAUCAGUGCUGCUCAGCACAUUGGCUGUGAUGGGUUGCUGUGAUCUGAUGCGAUGCGAGCCAGAUGACUGUGACCGUUAAAGGUUUGCUGCAU